UUGUUUCCCGAACUUUUUUCACAUCUGCUUAAGACUCCCAACGAGAAAGACGUGUGCAUAUCGUGUCUGAGAGUCAAGAAAACUGCCAUCACCAUGCCUUCCGACAAAGUUUCCCAGCUGGUCACUUCUACAGAUGCACUCUCGCUUAAGAGUCCAAAGAAAGAUGCACCAGCAAGGAAACCGCUGGGAACAAGUCAGCUUCAGAAUUCCACUGAGGUGCAAAGUCUCAACAUUCUAGAUGAAAAACCAAGCAAACCUGUCGCAGAUGUCAAGGCAAAGGAAGUUGAACCGCUUCUAAAAGACAACCCCAGGAGAUUUGUGGUCUUCCCAAUUGAGUAUCAUGAUAUCUGGCAAAUGUACAAGAAAGCAGAGGCCUCUUUUUGGACUGCGGAGGAAGUCGACUUGUCAAAGGACCUUGCUCACUGGGAAGAGCUGAAGUCAGAAGAGAAACACUUCAUUUCACAUGUUCUGGCCUUUUUUGCUGCUAGCGAUGGAAUUGUCAAUGAAAAUCUGGUUGAACGAUUCAGCAAAGAGGUGCAGGUCACCGAGGCUCGUUGCUUCUACGGAUUUCAGAUUGCUAUGGAAAAUAUUCACAGUGAAAUGUACAGCCUCCUCAUCGACACAUACAUCAAAGAUCCUAAAGAAAGAGAUUUCCUGUUCAACGCCAUCGAGACCUUGCCGUGUGUCAGAGAAAAGGCAGACUGGGCUAUCAAGUGGAUCGGUGAUGAUUCUUCCCCCUACGCUGAGCGUGUUGUUGCUUUUGCUGCUGUUGAAGGCAUCUUCUUCUCUGGCUCCUUCGCUGCAAUCUUCUGGUUGAAGAAGAGGGGAAUCAUGCCUGGUCUCACAUUCAGUAAUGAGCUCAUCAGCCGAGACGAGGGCCUGCAUUGUGACUUUGCCUGCUUGAUGUUCCGACACUUGAUAAACAAGCCUUCUGAGGAGAGAGUCUACGAGAUCAUCAAGGAUGCCGUCCGCAUUGAGCAAGAGUUCCUCACAGAAGCUCUUCCUUGCAACCUCAUUGGAAUGAACUGUGAGCUCAUGAAGCGCUACAUCGAGUUUGUCGCAGACAGGCUUCUUGUUGAACUGGGCUGUGCAAAGACUUAUAACUCAGAGAACCCCUUUGACUUCAUGGAACUGAUCUCAAUGGAGGGCAAGACCAACUUCUUUGAGAAACGAGUUGGGGAGUACCAGAAGAUGGGAGUCAUGAACAAGAACCAAGGCACGUCUCACCAUGAAUUCUCGCUGGACGAAGAUUUCUAAUUUGGUCAUUCCUGGAUCUCAAAGUUUUACUCUACACAUAACUGUCACAGGCCAUACACAUUUGAUUCUGUUGUAAAUAUGUGCUGUACUCAUCCACUAUUUUUAUCCCAUAAAUUUUAGGUCUACAAGAAUGUAAUUUUUAGAGCAAAUUGCGAUUCUUGUCAGUUCACAUUUUUUAAGCCAGGUGUUUAGCUACUCAGUGUUUUUUCAUUUGAGUGGUUUUAAUAUUUUUUUGUCAUCCAUUUUAUCACCAGUGCAGCUGCAAUUUGUAAAUAUAUUAUUUAUUUAAUAAGAUUUUUAUGUAAUAAAUAUGUCUAAAACUUUACAUGAA